GAACAACUGUUUGCCUUGAAGUAUGCUUCUGAGGGUAGCCAGUCUAGAGAACGGGUGUUUCUUCUGAUGAGGUGGAAAGGGAAUACAUUCCUCACUUUUCUCCAUGCUCUGGCAAAAUCCCAUCACUGGAGUAAGGGUUUAUUCCAGCUCAUAGUUUAAGAAGGGGUACAGGUCACCAUGGCAGCGAGGGCUGGCAGGGUCUACGAGACAACUAGUCAGUGCGCGGGAAUGCAGACAGACAAACACUGGCACUCAUCUGACUCCUUUUCUUCUAUUUCUUCAGUCUGGGAUCUCCUUCAGGGCACCUCCCUCCUAGUGAUCCUCUCUGGAGACAUCUUCACAGAUAUCCAAAGGUCUCUCUCCAAUGGCUGCCAUUCUCAGGUCUGUCCCACGGGUCUUUAGGGGCUCUCAGUGUGCCUCAGCCCCUCUCUCAGCAAGAAUGUUCCAGAAAAGAGCAGAUGAGAAAUGUACCCUGGCUAAUAAAGUGGCUGUCGUCACUGGCUCUACAAAAGGGAUUGGCUUUGCCAUCGCCCGGCGUCUGGCCCAGGAUGGGGCCCACGUGGUCAUCAGCAGCCGGAAGCAGCAGAAUGUGGACCGCGCAGUGGCCACACUGAAGGAGGAGGGGCUGAGUGUGACGGGCACUGUGUGCCACGUGGGGAAGGCUGAGGACCGCCAGCACCUUGUGGCCACAGCCCUGGAACACUCCGGGGGUGUUGACUUCCUGGUGUGUAUGGCAGGAGUCAAUCCUGUUGUGGGAAGCACCCUGAGAGCCAGUGAACAGAUCUGGGACAAGAUCCUGGAUGUCAAUGUGAAGUCUCCAGCUCUGUUGCUAAGCCAGUUGCUGCCCCACAUGGAGAAGAGGGGGGGAAGCUCUGUUGUUCUGGUGUCCUCCUUAGUAUCUUAUAUGCCAGUGCCGAAACUGGGCGCCUACAACACCAGUAAGAUAGCCCUGUUGGGACUCUGCAAGUCCCUGGCUGUGGAGCUGGCUCCAAAAGGCAUCCGUGUGAACUGCUUAACGCCAGGAAUUAUCAGGACUGACUUUGGCCUAGGGGAGAAAGUGGAGAAAGCAAUAAUGGACGUGGUGCCUCACCUGAAUAAACUCUAUGGAUUACAGCGGUUAGGGGAGCCAGAAGACUGCGCCGGGAUCGUAUCUUUCCUAUGCUCCUCAGAUGCCAGCUACAUCACCGGGGAGAACAUCAUAGUAGCUGGCUUCUCCCCUAGAGUGUGAAGACGCAGUGUGACUUAGAGACGGAGCUGAGGUCCUCAAGCAGAAAACAGAGGGCUCGGUGGGAUGUAGGUGAAGAGCCCUUAGUGUGUGCUUGGGGUCCGGGUCAUGUAGGGAAUGCAUACUUAACGAUGGUGAAGGA